AUGGCUGUUAGCCACUUUGAUGAAAAAAGUGGUAUUAUACCAUGUAAUACGGAAUGGGGUAGAUGGUGGCAAACUGUGGAUGAAUUACAUAUUGAAAUAACACUGCCAGUUAAUACCAAAUCCAAAGAUGUCAAAGUCAAUGUCACUAACUCAAGUAUUACUUGUCAAAUUUUAGGAAAAACUUUAUUUUCUGGAAAUUUAUUUAGAAAAGUACGCUCUGAUGACACUUUAUGGACAUUAGAGGAUAAUGGUACUUUGUUAAACAUUGUAUUAACAAAAGCAGAUUAUUCAAAUAAAGAAAAUGUUUGGGAAGCUAUAAUGGAGGAUGGAUCAUUUAAAGCAGAUCCAAUAACAUAUAUUGAAAUGAUGAAAAAAAUGGAUCUAGAAAAGCUUCAAAUGAAGUACCCGGGAAUGGACUUCAGUAGAUCAGAGCUUCAAAAAAAUUACGACUCUAUACCAGGAUUCAAUUAA